AUGCAAGCGUCUGAGAACUCAACAUACAUAUUUUUUAGUGGAGGUCAUCAUCUCACCGGGGUUGCUAAGAGCUUUAAAGCAAUAUAUAAUUAUUCAAAAGGUAAAAAGGCGGAAGUAUCUAUGUUUAUUAAUGUAUUGGAGAAAACAUCCUUAAAAAAUCAAUUAGUUGCUUCUGUAAUUUUCAUGACUAUCGUUUUUAUGGUGUCUUUGGUUCAUGUUGUUAUAUUGAUGGUGAAGCACUUAUUUCUAGCUAAGAGUAGCAGGAUAGGAGUUGAUGUAGGUACUGCUAUUGUCAAAAUAUUGAACCUUCUAGAGUCACACCUUAUCCCUUCAGCUUCAGCUUCCUCAUCCGAAUCUGAGGUCUUCUACCGGAACAUGAAGGGUGACUAUCACAAGUACCUUGCUGAGUUCAAGACAGGAGUUGAGCACAAGGAGGCUACUGAGAACACCUUGUUGGCUUACAAGUCUGCUCGGGACAUUUCUCUUGCUGAAUUGGCCCUUACUCAUUCCAUUAGGCUUGGGCUUGCUCUAAACUUCUCUGUGUUCUACUAUGAGAUGUUGAAUUCACCUGACCGUGCCUGCAAUCUUACAAAACAGUGUCCUGCUGAAUUUUCCAAAUAG